UCCAUUAGGUGAGUGCGUGGUGGGAGCGCGUUUUACUGUGCUCUGAGAAGAGAAUGCGUUUUUGUGGUGUUAUAUAAAAAUCUUACCUCCCCUUCUGUUAACUAAACAAAUUUCGUUUGUUUUUAUAGAGAUUGCAACCAUGGGCCGUCGUCCAGCCCGUUGCUACCGCUACUGCAAGAACAAACCCUACCCCAAGUCCCGCUUCUGCAGGGGUGUUCCUGAUCCUAAGAUCAGGAUCUUUGACUUGGGUAGGAAGAAGGCCAAGGUAGAUGAGUUCCCCCUUUGUGGACCAAACUAUUCACAUUGAAAACAUCACAAUAUGUUGUCCUAAAAUAAAGUGUCUCUUUGGUGACCGUCUCUAGCUCUGGAGGCUGCCCGUAUCUGUGCUAACAAGUACAUGGUCAAGACCUGCGGUAAGGACGGUUUCCACAUCCGUAUGCGCCUGCAUCCCUUCCACGUGAUCCGCAUCAACAAAAUGUUAUCAUGCGCUGGAGCUGAUAGGCUCCAGACUGGAAUGCGUGGUGCUUUUGGCAAACCCCAGGGUACCGUGGCCCGUGUGCACAUUGGUCAGGUGAUCAUGUCUGUGCGCACCAAGACCCAGAACAAGGAGCAUGUGAUCGAGGCUCUGCGUAGAGCCAAGUUCAAGUUCCCUGGACGCCAGAAGAUCCAUAUCUCCAAGAAGUAUGGCUUCACCAAGUUCAACGCCUGUGACUUCGAUGACAUGAUGGCUGAGAAGCGUCUGAUCUCAGACGGCUGUGGAGUGAAGUACAUCGCCAGCAGGGGUCCUCUGACCCGCUGGAAGGCCCUUCAUGCUGCAUAGGCUUUCUGACAGACAACCAAUAAAAGUGCGUUUAAUUACCAACA